GGCGACGAGUCGCAACACAACAUCUACACAGUCGAACACUUGACCAAAAUACGAUUUUAAGACCAAAAAUUGGACAAUCGGGGAUUCACUUUGGCUUACAAAUUGUUAUCCUAUUUCCUCAAAGCACCGAAUCACACGUAAUGAAAGGACAGUGGGUUUUUAAAUGUCAUUAUCUUAGAGUACCUGAAGAAAGCAACGCCUCCUUCGCUUGAUUGGCUACCUGUUGAAUUCGCUACCUGUCAACCAAACGUUGACUGUUGGCUUGUUUUUCGCAAGUUUGCAAUUAGCUCAAAGAAGAAGAAGAAGAGAAAGAAUUUUUGACUAAAUGAACUUUUUGUCCUGAUUUCUGCUGUCCCGAGGUUUUAUUUCACAAAUGACAUGGCAUUUGCACAACAAGUGCGGAUAUCUAAGGACCCUCAACUGUUGCCCAAUCGGGUUGUUUCUGAGCUGCAGUCUGUCAGUGUUAUCAAAAAUCUUCUGGCCAUAGGCGUGUCGAGCAUCAUGUACCUCCGAGGACUUUUUCCAGAAAGAGCCUACGAGAGCAAAUAUUUUGAAGAUCAGAAAGUGAUGAUCCUGAGGGAGGAGCGCACUUGUCCUGGCGCCUGUCAAAUUGUUGAGUGGAUAACUGGAUGCUUUGACGCCAUUCAAAUGAAAUAUCUGCGGACUAUCAUUAUGUCUGUCUCCACUGACCCCGACGACCCUCAGAAAGUGACAGAGUUUUAUCAAUUCAGGAUUCACUACAACACAGAAGGGGCACAGAUGAACUUUGGGAGGAGCUCUCCUUCCAUCAGCACCCCAAACGAGGAUUUUGCCAUUGCGGUUGGCAGCACAGAGAAGGCUAGCAUCUUGCUGGUGAGGAAGCUCUACAUCCUAAUGCAGAACCUUGGCCCUCUGCCCAACAAAAUCUUCCUCAACAUGACGCUGACCUACUACGAUGAAGUCACUCCGCACAACUACCAGCCGCCGGGCUUCAAGGAGGCUGAUGGCGACAUACUAGUGUUUGAGCGCGAGCCGGUUCGUCUGACACUGGGAGAGGUGUACACGCCCUUCCACUCGCUCAAGGUGGACAUGGCCACCGAGAGACACCGGUUGGAGCCGGUGGAGGAGGGCACUGGAAGGAGAAAUAGAUGGUUUCUUCGGGUCAAACGUGACGGGAGCCUAUCACAGAGGUCUGAGAUUGAAGAUGUGGAUGACGCGUCCCAAAAUAACUGCACGGACAUCAAAGCACAAGAAAUUCAUCUGAGCUCCCAUGAGAAGAUGGGCAAAACGCUUGAACAGAUGCAAGAGAAAUUCAAAAGUGGUGAGAGGAAGAAGUGUUCUUCUCAGAUGGAGGCUGUUGUGCUGAAGAGGCCAUCCGACUUGGAGGUGUCCACUAUGACCACCAGGAGCGGACGCGUCAUACAACACUCUACGCAACAGACAAAACGAACAAUGAACACGAGGAAGCAAGCUGGCGCGAAGAACAAUACGGUUUGUCAUUACGACAUCCCCAGCAGUCAGGAGACGACAGUUCUGAAGAAACGCAAGUUCAGCGAGUCCAAAGAGAACCCGUGAGCCACCACACACUACACACCACACACACUCACACACUCAC